UCAAUUUUAUCUCGUGCUGUCGACAAGCUCCCGUCUAUCCAAACUAUAGAUCCAAUAGAGGCUCGAACUGAGAUUGCAAAAGCUCUGGAGCCUUUUCUAGGUCUCUCGGCUGCAUGGUGCCCUAUAGCGGUCGUUCGUGAAGAACCACUAAAACAACUGUCGAUUGAUCUUGGUUUGCUUGGAGAGAGGGUUCAAGAAGCUCAAAGGGAUUUAACUAUGAGGCGAUGUUUGAUUCGAACGGAUUCAAUUAACUCUAUGAUAAAAGACUGCGCUGGUGUGGAGACGCGUCUUGGUCUGCAUUCUGCUGUUCUGAAUGACCUUCAACCUGAGCUGCAACAAAUGUGGCAAGAACAGAAAAUGUUGUUUGACUGGUUCAUAGUGGAAGAAUGUCUAUCGCUGAGAGAAACCGCACGCCACGUGCUUACCGCAGCUAAACAACUCGUCCCUUAUGCAGCAUGCAUAGAGAGCAUGAGCGCCCUUAUAGAUCCUAAGCGAUGCCAUCCACCUGAUCCAGCUCCGAUGGAAAGUAUCUGCAUGCAGAUUACCGGUAUAGAACCCAAUAGUGAAAGUCGCAUACAGGCGAUAGAGAAGGAAGAGCAAAACAGGCGGGCUGUGCAAGAAGCAAAGAAGAGAGAGGAACUUGCUGAACGAGAGGAAACCGCAUCGGACUUGGAGAUGGAGUCUGUUGUCUGGCGUGAAAACUUUGAGUUGACUGGUGAGGAGAAACUGGAAACCGUUGACUUGGCCAUCCAGGAAGAGGAACGAUGCAGUUCUUCUCUUUCUUUAACCCAACCAUCUAGUUCUACCGAUGCAUUACCCUCAUUAGAACAGCUACUCGGGCAUCGUAUACCGCUUGCUAACAGAGUUACUGUGGAUGUUGGAGUAUCUCACCAAUCCAUGUUGCAAUCACUACAUGACGUUUUUGCAAGCCAAAGAUCCGAUAACGAAACCCCAGUUUGUGAGGAACCAAAUAUGUUAGCAAGUGCGGUGAAGAUCGCCCAAAAGAUGCAUGGAAUGCCAAUACCAAAGACAAGAAAAGAGAAGAAGCGAGAAGUAACGCCUGAAACUCCUAAAAAGACGAAAAAGGAGCGAAGACGUCGGAAGAAGCGGAGCGGUGAUUCAGCUGAAAACAGAGAAGAAGCGGUCGUGAAUAAUAUCGCAGAUACGUCGGAAACUAUGCCUGAACGAUGCAGCUCUUCCCUUUCUUUAACCCAACCAUCUAGUUCUACCGAUGCCUUACCCUCGCUAGAGCAGCUAUUAGGGCAUCGUAUACCUCUUGCCAACAGAGUUACUGUGGAUGUUGGGGUUUCCCACCAAUCCAUGUUGCAAUCACUACAUGACGUUUUCGCAAGCCAAAGAUCCGAUAACGAAACACCAGUUUGUGAAGAACCAAAUAUGUUAGCAAGUGCGGUGAAGAUUGCCCAAAAGAUGCAUGGAAUGCCAAUACCAAAGACAAGAAAAGAGAAAAAGCGAGAAGUAACACCUGAAACUCCUAAAAAGACGAAAAAGGAACGAAGACGCCGCAAGAAGCGGAGCGGUGAUUCAGCUGAAAAUAGAGAAGAAGCGGUCGUGAAUAAUAUCGCAGAUACGUCGGAAACUAUGCCUGUCCCAGAUGUCCCUUACAUACCUAGUCGGGUUUUUAGCGCUAGUGAUCUAUCACUUGCGAAGCUUGGCUCGUUCGAGGCGAAAGAGAAAAUGCUGCGGUCGCUAAGGGAAAAAAUGGCCAGAUCAGAUGAUAGUUCUUGA